AUGGACACUAAAUCAUUAGUUAUUUUCCUGGCUUCUUUGAGCAUAGCGGUUGCGGAUGUCGAGUUCGAGUGUACCUUUGACAAAGACACCUGUGAUUUUAAAGAUGAUCGUGUUGACGAUAUCUUUGACUGGAGGAUAGGCCAAGGGCCCACGCAGACGCCCUACACGGGACCCUCUGCUGACCACACCCUCGGCAACCGUAACGGGAGGUACGCUCAUAUAGAAGCCUCCACCCCGCGCAAGGAAGGCCACUUCGCUCAUCUCUACUCCAAGGAAUUCCCGUUCAGCUCCCGCCCAAGAUGCCUCAAUUUCUACUACCACAUGUACGGCCUGGACAUGGGCAGACUGAACGUAUAUCUCCACGUGGACGGGGCCAAGAUGAUGAUCUGGACUAUGGCUGGUGACCAGGGUAAUAUGUGGUUACGUGCAAACGCCUCCCUCCCAUGCGGCAGAUACAACAUCAUGUUUGAAGGCGUGGUUGGAGACGGUCCUAGAUCGGACAUUGCCAUAGAUGAUAUUGUUGUCUACGAUACUGCAUGUGAUUUGGACGCUGCAGCAACUGCCGGUCCAUGUAUAAACGACACCGCGGCUUUUCCGACCACCACCACCCUCCCCCCUCUCCCCACGGGACCGGGGGCAACCAUACCCCCCAAAUCACGCCUGGUCAACCCUGGGAUCGCCAACUUCCAGAGCAACACACUAGUCUUUAUCUGCCAGUUCGAUAGCAAUUUCUGCGGUAUGAACCAGGAUAAGUCAGACCAGCUAGACUGGGCUAGGAGAAGGGGGAGAGCAUCUAGCACGUUUUCUGGCCCAGCGAACGGAGACCACUCUGGAAACAACGGUUACUACAUUUACUCACGAUCCAGCGGAAGGAAAACGGGAGACGUUGCCAGGCUCUUGUUACCAACUCUAAAUAACACUGACGACAAAUGCCUAGAGUUCUACUACUACCAGUAUGGUAUAGACAUGGGAAAACUGAAUGUAGGGGCUUACAGUCUGCAGACAGCCACUCACUCCACGUUAUGGGAAGUACAGGGCGAAGUCACCACAGGGAGCACGUAUGGCGGAACUGCAGGUGGAGCGCCGUGUGUCUUCCCCUUCACGAAGAACUACUUUUCCACCUUCUCCACUUGCACGAGCUUUCUAAACUUUGGCAACGACGAGCCGUGGUGUGGCACGGACAAAACUGCAAACAAGUGGGGGAAAUGUUACCGUUCUGGGGUCAAACAGUGGCAGCGGGCCCUGGUGAAUAUUGCCGGAGACGUGCCCACCAUAAGUAUUGAGACUGUGAUGACAAGUAACAGCUUCUACAGUGAUUAUGCUAUAGAUGAUAUCAAGAUAGGGCUUGGGAAAUGUCCCGAUAUCCCAACGCCAGUUCGUCCUACUCUGGAACCUGCUCCUCCAGCACCGACCCCGUCUUCAGCCUCAGACAUUGAGUUUGAUUGCACGUUUGACGAUGACAACUGCGGCUUUAAAGAUGACAAAACUAACGAUGAUUUUGACUGGAGGAUAGGGUCAGGCAAGACCCAGACUGACCGCACCGGACCCUCCAGUGACCACACCCAAGGGUCAUGGCGAGGCAAGUACGCACACAUAGAGGCCUCGUAUCCACGUAAGCCAAACGAGGUUGCCCGUCUCUACUCUCCAGAAUUCUCGUUCUCGCCGCAGCAGCGCUGCCUCAACUUCUUCUACCACAUGUACGGGAAGGAUAUCGGCCGCCUCAAUGUCUACCUUCACAUAGAUGGCGCUACGGUGCAGAUGUGGUCUCUUACCGGCGAACAGGGUAACGCUUGGUAUAGGGCCAAUGCAACCCUCCCGUGCGGCAGGUACGAGAUUAUGUUUGAGGGCGUCAUGGGCAACGGUUACUUCGCGGAUAUUGCCAUUGAUGACAUCACAGUGGUAAAGGGGCCUUGUGUGGCACAGCGUGAGUGUCGAGAUGUUUGGUGUACUUAA